CUUUUUUCCCUCAGGCCUCCGUAGGUUCCUAAAACUAGACUCAAAGUAGUUUACUUCAUACCUUAGGUGUUUGACUAAAUGCCCUAGAGAGAUGGUUGCUAUAAUUGAUGUUUUUGAAUGCCUUCCUCAUUUCUUUUCUAAGGUUUCUCUGCAUUCCUCUGAUGGGUCUUCCAAAAUAUGUGCAAACAAGACGUGGGGAUGGGAGUCUGAAGAUGAUGGUGGUGAUCAAAAGGUGCACUGCAAAUAUGGUAUUGAUUUUGUCGAAUUUCAAGAAAGAGCUGAAGUGAUGCUACGUCUUCUUCACAAACGGCUUCCUCGUCUGAUGGGUCAUUCGUACUGGUACAAUGUUUACUGAAGGAACAGCAGUAGAAGUGUCUUUUCAAGAGGAAAAUCAUAAUGUUUGGCAUGUCGGAACUGUCAUGAAAGUAACUGGAAUAAAUAAAUGCUUGGUGAACUUUCAAUGCCCUGGAGAUGGUAAUGGAUAUAGAGGUCAAGAAUUUGCUUUGUCAGAUGUCCGACCUUCACCCCCAUGUGUCCAGGAUAAUUCCUUUGCUUUGCGGGAGGAAGUGGAGGCAUACUUUGAAUGCUGUUGGUGGGGUGGAGUAAUUAAGAAACUUCUUGGAGAUAAGAAGUACUGCGUUCUCAUAAAACAUUCAAAAAAGGAGAUGGAAAUCGAUCACGUAAAUUUGAGGCCUAGCAUGAUCUGGGCUGAUGGGAAAUGGUCCGAUGAAGCUAAGGUUGCCAACAGACCUGGUAUGCUCACUAGGCAGUCUGUAAGAUUAAACAGACUGAAGACAAGGGCUGAAGAACAACAGUCUGGAAAUCGUUGUGCUUUAACAGAAAAGAAGGAUUAUACUGAGGUUCAUGUUGAAGAGAUCGUCGAGAAAAAAUGUACUACAAAAGAAGUUGAUUUGUCUGUUAAAGAAGUAAAAGGCGCAAGAUCUACAAAGAAUUCUGAAGUCCCUCAGAAGAAACAAAGCAGGGAUCAGGAAAUACCUGAUAACGUCGUGGGAUCAACUGAAGGAGACAAUAUUGUUAAAAGGAAAAGGGGAAGACCAAAGAAGUCCAAGAAACAGAUAGGUAAGAGAAGCACUGGAGGUAAUGUGGAUAUGAAAGCGAAAUCCAGUGCAGAGAACUUUGUAACAACUGUUGCUGAAAUACCCAAAAAAGGUGAUUUUCAGCCUACUAUACCUAGCAAGGAACCUGGCAAACAUGUGUAUAAGAGAAGUAAAGUUCGUCAGCAGAAUGGUGUGCAGAGCAAAACUCUUGACAGUGUAUCACACUAUCAAGUAGUCAUGUCUGUCAACAGACAAGAUGAUUCCGAAACUCCUCCAUUUAUUCAAGAGAAUGCAAUGGAGUCCGCUCCACUUAAGAAAAAGGAUGGUCCGGGUGGUGGACUUGGAACCCCUGCCAUUGUAGGCAUUGAUGCUAUGGAGAACGAACAGAGUUUGCCGUUUGUUAAGAAUCCUCUACUUUGGGAAGAUAUCGAUUCUAUGGAAACCUAUAAGAAAAUGACACAGAAGCCACACUUCGCUCCACUGUACGAACAUAUAGAAGAAGAACGUGAAGGCUUGGCAGUAGGUCAUAUAGUAAAUUUUGUUAAUCUUAUAGAGGACAUCUCAAAACUGCAGUUCUCUUCGGACAUUGCUGUCAUUGAAAGAGGUUUGAAAUCUCUUGAUGAGUACAAAUCUCAUGGGUUUGAUGUUGAGAAAGUUCAAGCAUCUCUGAACCAGCUAUUGUUAAAGAAACAACAAGCGGAUGAGUUCCAGAGGGAGUAUGAGGACAUUAGAAGUAAAAUAGCAAACAGUGUUGACAAUGGCGAACUUGAUGAAGAAAUCAGCCAACUCUGCCAGGAAUUCAGAGAAACUGAAAAGAAGCUCAGCGAGGCUAAACAGAAAUCGGAGGCCUUAGCAGCAUUGCAAUCAAAACAAGAUACGCUUGCAGAAAAUGUCAAGAUUCUUCAAGCUGAAUUUGAAAGCUUAGUUGGUUCUCUACUAUAAAUGAUUAUUUGCAGUGUGAUGCAAAUGCACUUUCGAAGUGAUUGGAGGUAAAAUUCUGCUAAUCGUUUAGCACUUAUUGCAACAGAGAUAACUUCAGUAACUUGCUUUUAAGUUUAUUAGAUUUAUAUUAUGCUAAAAUAAGAUAUUUAGACUCUAAAAUGCAUUGCUUUAUUUGCAAGUC